GAGGAUAUCUGAAGUUAGAGAUAAGGAAAGACGUAAAACUUUAGCAGAGAUCAUUUACUGUUUAGUGGUACACAGAUUUGUGGAAAAAGGAAUCUCUAUGAUUCCUCGGAUUAAACCAACUUCAGACCCAGCAGGACGGAUAGACUUAUGGCCGAAUCAAGAAGAGAAGCUCGAAGUCAUUCACUCUGCGGAUGCGUUCGAGAUGAUACAGAGUCACUUGUCUUCAGUUCUUGGAGACGGACCAGCAGUUGGUCCGUUAAGCUCUAUAGUUCAGAUAGGCAAAAUCAAGCUAGGAAAACUCUAUGCUGCUUCUGCUAUGUAUGGCUAUUUCCUUAGAAGAGUAGACCAAAGAUACCAACUUGAGAGAACCAUGAACACACUUCCGAAACGCCCUGAGAAAACCAGAGAACGGUUCGAAGAACCUUCGCCUCCUUACCCGUUAUGGGACCCGGAUUCCUUGAUCAGGAUUCAACCAGAGGAAUAUGAUCCCGAUGAAUACGCGAUACAAAGAAAUGAAGAUGAGUCAUCGUCUUAUGGAUUGAGAUCAUAUGUUACGUAUUUGGACUCGGAUACGCUUCAGAGAUAUGCCACGAUACGUUCUAAAGAAGCCAUGACUCUGAUUGAGAAGCAGACUCAGGCGCUCUUUGGGCGACCGGAUAUAAGGAUACUCGAGGAUGGAAAGCUCGAUACUUCUAACGACGAGGUUCUGUCUCUGAGUCUCUCUGGACUUGCGAUGUUGGUUUUGGAAGCUGUGGCUUUUGGGUCUUUCUUAUGGGAUUCAGAGAGUUACGUUGAAUCCAAAUACCAUUUCCUCAAGGCUUGA